AAUAAAAGGAAACGUCACACGCAGCUCCGCCGCAACCGUCCACUCCGCCGCCGCGACAACUCCCUGCGGCGACCAUGGCGACAAGAUCAGCGCUACCGCCGCGCCGCCGCGGCCUCCCGGAGGAGCUCGUGGUCUGGGAGAUCCUGGUACGGCUUCCCCCUAAACCCCUCCUCCGCUGCCGCUUGGUCUGCCGCGCAUGGCGCCGCCUCACCUCCACCCGCGGCUUCCUCCUCGCCCACCACCGCCAUCAACCCUCCCUCCCGCUCGUCGUCGGCUACGGCUGCGACGGUGGGAGCCUCCUCGACAUCCUCACCCUUGACCGCCGGGACGCCGCUCGGCCGCGGCUCCAUCCCGUGGUGCGGCUCAAGAACGCCGCUCACUUCGUGAGUGCAUCCUGCGACGGCAUCCUUAUCCUCAACAUGACCAACUGCGGCGAAUUUUACUACUCGGUCUGUAACCCGACCACUCGUCAAUUCGCUGAUCUGCCGAUGCUCACUGGUUUCUUCGUCAUGGGGUUUUACCAGCACCGCCCCACCGGUGAAUACCGGCUUCUACUCUACUACCAGUUUCGGCCGGAAGGUUCUGAGGAUAGAUAUGCCUGCUACGUCUACACAUUGGGCUCCAGCGAAAUGCCGAGGUGCAUUGGGUGGAUGGAGGAGGUUGCAACCUGCACAGCUGUUGUGCUGCUCCAUGGUAGCCUGCAUUGGUAUAAUUACAAAACAGACAAGAUUUUGAUUUUCAACACCGCAUCCGAGUCGUUCUGGUCGAUGCGUCAGGCUGACAAGAUGAAUGGGAAUGAUCUGUUUGAGAUUGAUGGUACACUUGGCAUCUACUUCUGUAAUGAUGAUGCGACGAUCGUAGAUAUUUGGGUACUGCAGGAUUACAAGACAGAAUUCUGGUCUCUCAAGCACCGGAUUGAAUUGCCAGUCCCAGAUAUAAAGGGGAAGCUUGAUGAUGGUGAUGAUUGGAGUGCGAUGGUAUUGUCUGAGGACGGGGAUGUGCUUGUGCUGGUUUACUACAGACAAUGGCUGCUUUACAUUGGUACUGAUGGCAAGCUGUUGGCGAGUUUUCAACAUGAUGUUGGGUGCCACUACAAUACUCCUCUGAAGCUUAAGCAAAGCCUUGUUCCACAUGCAUUCUUUCCAUUGUUAAAGGGUUAUGUCGUGAAUGCUCGACCUUUCAUCUGAUGCUGGAGCGGCUUUGCUAGUUGUUGGACUCGUCUUGAGAUGGUUUCUUUUCAUCCUGGUGGGUAGCAACUUUUGGUGCUGUCUUUUAGAGGUUGUGGACACUGUUAUCUUGUGGGAUGUCACCUUGCUAAAAUGUACUCAAACCCUGCUGAACUAUGUAAUAUGCAGUAGCUGGUUUGCCAAUCUUUUUCACAAAAAGAGAAAAAAUUCUGAUGUCUGUUGGAUAAGGUGGAGCUUCCUGUUAACAUUUGUUUCCGAUUCCCUGAGUGCUUUUCUAUUUUAUACCAUAGAAUCUCUCUGAACUGGACAGAUUGAAGUUUGAGCAAAGGAACUAUUUUUUUUUUUACUUCUUAGCAGAACUGAUGGAAAAUAUUAUCCGGUCAGGAAGCUAAGUUUGGUUUAUGAUAUCCUGAUUGGAUAUAUGAAAUAUACAUCUCGUAUUUUGGUCU